CACGCGGAGUCGUGGCUGGUGUUCGAAGAAAACACUCGUGUGACACCGUGCGAGCCUUAAAUCCAGCAUCUGUUAGUGUUUAGCGUCGUGCUUUGAGUGUUUUAAACGGGAACAAGAAAAAAGUACGAAGAUGGACCCGCUGGUUGCUGCCAUUGACCAGGGCACGAGCUCCACACGGUUCCUGGUGUUCAAUGCAAAAACAGCCGAACUGAUGAGUCACCACCAAGUCGAGAUCAACCAGAGUUUCCCCAAGGAGGGCUGGGUGGAGGAGGACCCCAAAGAGAUAAUACAGUCUGUGUAUGAGUGCAUGGAGAGGACUUGUGAGAAACUCCACCAGCUCAACAUCGACAUCUCCAACAUAAAAGCGGUGGGGGUGACCAAUCAGAGAGAGACAACUCUGGUUUGGGACAAGGAGACCGGAGAGCCACUCUACAAUGCCAUUGUGUGGUUGGACCUGCGCACACAGUCAACAGUGGAGAGUCUCAUUAACAAAGCUCCGGGCCAGAACAAGAACCACCUCAAGCACAAGACAGGUCUUCCCAUCAGUACCUACUUCAGUGCAGUGAAGCUCCGUUGGAUGCUGGACAAUGUGGAAAAAGUUCGACGGGCAGUGCAGAGUGAGCGCGCCAUGUUUGGCACAGUGGACUCCUGGAUCAUUUGGUGCCUGACGGGGGGCAAGAACGGAGGCGUCCACUGCACAGAUGUCUCAAAUGCUAGUCGCACCAUGCUCUUCAACAUCCACAGCAUGGACUGGGAUCCUGAACUCUGCAGGUACUUUGAUGUCCCGAUGGAAAUCCUCCCCAAGGUCAAAAGUUCCUCGGAAAUAUACGGCUGGAUGAAAUCCAGCUCACUUGCAGGAGUUCCAAUCUCUGGGUGUCUCGGUGACCAGUCAGCAGCCCUGGUGGGCCAGAUGUGCUUCCAGGAAGGCCAGGCCAAAAACACGUAUGGGACUGGUUGCUUCCUGCUCAGAAAUACAGGGACUAAGCCUGUGAUGUCAGAGCACGGCCUGCUGACCACAGUGGCCUACAGGCUGGGGAAAGACGAGCCUGCCUGCUACGCACUCGAGGGUUCAGUGGCCAUCGCAGGGGCUGUGGUGCGGUGGCUGAAGGACAACAUGGGCAUCGUGAAGUCCUCCUCAGAGAUUGAGAAGCUAGCAGCUGCUGCAGGCACGUCUUAUGGCUGUUACUUCGUGCCGGCUUUCUCUGGACUCUACGCGCCGUACUGGGAGCCCAGUGCACGAGGCAUCAUCUGUGGACUCACUCAGUUCACCAACAGGAACCAUUUGGCUUUUGCUGCCCUUGAGGCCGUCUGCUUUCAGACCAGAGAGAUCCUGGAUGCCAUGAACCAGGACAGCGGCGUCCCUCUGACGCAGCUGCAGGUGGAUGGAGGCAUGACGUCCAACAGAUUACUGAUGCAGCUGCAGGCAGACAUCCUCUGCAUGCCCGUAGUGCGACCCACCAUGUCGGAGACCACAGCUCUGGGUGCAGCCAUGGCGGCAGGGGCAGCAGAGGGGGUGGGCGUAUGGAGCCUGAAACCCAGUCAUCUUCCACACAUCACAUCUGAGAAAUAUCAACCUCAGAUCAACUCUGACGAGAGUGAGUUCCGUUUUGCUCGUUGGAAGAAAGCCGUCCAGAGAUCCAUGAACUGGGAGACCACAGAGCCUUGCUGCAAUUCCAACGGUAUAGAAAAGAAGAUGAAUGGUAUCAACGGCAUCAACGGCAUCAAUGGUAUCAACGGUAUCAACGGCACCAACGGCGCCCAUUGGGUCCCUCCCACCCCUCCCCCCACCAAAGCAGACCUUUAAGAUAACCAGCUGUAACUCUGGUACAAGACCUUCAUGCGAACAUGGACACAUGUUUUGGAGCAAGACUGGAAGAGGAAAUGUGCUUGACUUGACGGCCCCGUGAUGAGAUAUGCAGUCAUUUUGGGUGACACAUAUUCUGCUAGUAGUAGUACGGCUGUGACAUGACUAAAAACAUUUCAUCAACCUAAAGUGCCAGCCAGAAUGAAGAGUGACACAACCCGUGGAGCUUUUCAAAGCAACUAUGGAACCAUUUUCGAUGGAAUUUCUUUAACCUUCCUUUUUUGGAAAAGGGGGUGUCCUUAAACCGUCCUUUUUUUAAAAACCAUGGAUUUGCCUUCUUAAACUUUUACAGUAAAGCAUAGGGAAACUCAGGUGUUUCUAGUCUGCAGUAAACAGUUGCACUAUUGUACCUCAUCACUGUAACGCAAGGGAUACUGGACUGUUUUUGUUUUUUUAUGUGUUCUGUAAAUGUGAUGUGUGUACUUGUUACUCCUCAACACUCACUCGGUUCUUGAGAAAGGUUACUGCUCAGCAUACGUCCUGUGAAAGCGAAGUUUGUUCUUGGAGGAACUAAAGAGGAGUGAGACAUUGUUUUUUUGAGUUUUUGGACUAAGAAUGAAAAAUGCAGAAAUGUUUCAGUAGGUUUCCCAUUGCAAACAGAACUGACACUUUGCAGGCUCUCAUCAGCACUUUAUAUUUAUCCUGUAUGUGGAGAGGGUGAUUGUGGGAGCUAUGCAGGUUUUUUAUGGGAAUAUUAUGUUUUUAAACAGAUUGUUUUUAGGAAGGGAAGUUCAUUAUGACUUAAGUCAGUGCUAAGACUAAAGGGAAAUCCCCAUACAAUCCUUUAAGAUGAGUGAUGAUUCGGUUCAUUACAAUUUUAUAUCGAGUCAGGCAAAUGUGAGCACAAGCUUUUUCAUCAGAGCCAUCAUGUACAUCUGAUGAAAAUCUUGAAGCACACUUAAAUUUAGGAUGAAAAUACCAAGAUUUUUUUUCAAUUGGCCCAUUUGUACCAGAAGACUUAAGUUUGAAAAAUGCCACAUUUGUUUCAAUUUGUUUAAAGCUUAGAAAUCUGGCACAGACAUGCUUAUUAAAUGUCUUCCAUAUGAUUUUUUUUUUUUUGACUUCAUAUGUGUGCAUGUCUUUUAUAUUCAAAUUGUUUUGAGUUUAUAGAUACAAAAUAUGCCAUGCCUUGUAGUUUGAGAUUUGUUUUCAUUAUAUAUUUAGUAUUUGGGCACAUAUGAAAGUUUUUCUGCCGCCACACCAGGAAUUGCCAUGGCCAGAGGCAUUAUGUCUUCAGGUUGUCUGUCCAUCUAUCUGUCCUUCCAUCCCAUUCUGUUGAAAAAGAUAUCUCAAAAACUUCUUUAGGGAAUAUCUUCAACUGUGGCACAAACGUCCACUUAAACGUCACAACAAUAAACUGGUUAGAUUUGGGACAAAGGUCAAA